UUCUGGGUUCCUUCCGCAUGGCCUAUCAAGAGAUUAAGAAUGUCAUCCUGGAGGUGAAUGAGAGUGUUCUGACUGAGUCUAUGAUCCAGAACCUCAUUAAGCAGAUGCCAGAGCCAGAGCAGUUAAAAAUGCUCUCCGAACUGAAGGAUGAAUAUGAUGAUCUGGCCGAGUCGGAACAGUUUGGUGUGGUGAUGGGCACUGUGCCCCGCCUGCGGCCUCGCCUCAACGCCAUCCUCUUCAAGCUACAGUUCAGUGAGCAAGUGGAGAAUAUUAAGCCAGAGAUCGUUUCUGUGACUGCCGCGUGUGAGGAGUUACGGAAGAGUGAGAGCUUCUCUAGCCUCCUGGAGAUUACCUUGCUUGUCGGAAACUAUAUGAAUGCUGGCUCCAGGAAUGCUGGUGCUUUCGGCUUCAACAUCAGCUUCCUCUGUAAGCUUCGAGAUACCAAGUCCACAGAUCAGAAGAUGACGUUGUUGCACUUCUUGGCUGAGUUGUGUGAGAAUGACUAUCCUGAUGUCCUGAAGUUUCCAGAUGAGCUUGCCCAUGUGGAGAAAGCCAGCCGAGUUUCUGCUGAAAACUUGCAAAAGAACCUAGAUCAGAUGAAGAAACAGAUUUCUGAUGUGGAACGUGAUGUUCAGAAUUUCCCAGCUGCCACAGAUGAGAGAGACAAGUUUGUUGAAAAAAUGACUAGCUUCGUGAGGGCCGCACAGGAACAGUAUAACAGGCUGCAGAUGAUGCACUGUAACAUGGAGACCCUCUAUAAGGAGCUGGGAGAGUACUUCCUCUUUGACCCCAAGAAGGUGUCCGUGGAAGAAUUCUUUAUGGAUCUGCACAACUUUAAGAAUAUGUUUGUGCAAGCAGUCAAGGAGAACCAGAAGCGGCGGGAGACCGAGGAAAAGAUGCGGCGAGCAAAACUAGCCAAGGAGAAGGCAGAGAAGGAGCGGCUCGAGAAGCAGCAGAAGAGAGAGCAGCUCAUAGACAUGAAUGCAGAGGGCGAUGAGACCGGUGUGAUGGACAGUCUUCUGGAAGCUCUGCAGACAGGCGCAGCAUUCCGACGGAAGAGAGGACCCCGUCAGGCCAACAGGAAGGCUGGCUGUGCAGUCACAUCCCUGCUAGCCUCGGAACUGACCAAGGACGACGCCAUGACUGCUGCUCCUUCUAAGGUUGCCAAGAACAGUGAGGGAAUCCCCACAAUCCUGGAGGAAACCAAGGAGUUGGUUGGCCGUGCAAACUAAGCUGGGUCCUGUGGCCACAGCAGCUCCCCGGGGCACCCCGGACUGUCUUGCCCUGCAGCCUGUGCCUAAAGGGUCACGGAAAUAGUCCUCUGGGGUGGUUGCUCCCACUACGCUGACCCUUUUACUCUGGCCUGCCGCGCUCUGUGCGUCACACACGCUUCAGCCUGGAGGCCCCCAGGAACGGGCAGGGGGGGAGCGGGGGAGGCCUGAGCCCGAGCCAGCCAGCCCUGGCCGUGUGUGUUACCAAAGCAGGCUCCGUGGUUGCUGCCUUAACCCCAAGUGUCUCCUCUCUGUCACCGAGGCCUUGUCUCAGACCAGGCCCCACCUGCUCUCCCAGCCCCCGCCUUUCCAGUGGGCUUUCAUUUCACCUGGGUCAAUCUUGCUGGGUUUGUGCUUUUCUUUUGUGGUUUCUCCAGCUCUGAGAACAGCAUGGGGCUUGUGAACCUUCGGGCUCUAUCCCUCCUUUCAUUGCUGUCACCUCUGCUCUGCUCUUCCCUCUCCUGGUUAUUGUUAUUUAUUACUAGUGGUGUGACAGUGGGAGCCAUGCCUAGAGAAGUGGGGAGCAAACCCCACCCUUACUGCACCUUCCUGGGAAAGGCCUCCCAGAACAAAAAGGACCUACCUGGACCACUUGAUCUAUUCCACUGCAGCCAAGAGCCUGUGGGGAGGCAGGGUACAGAGACAUUGUGGGACCUGUCCCCAGCCUGCUGCCAUGUUUGAGGACCCUGCCUCUGGGAACUCUCUACCCCUGCCCCAGGCUACCCAGCCACGGUCACUCCUCACACCUUCCCCAGAGCUUUGGUGCAUCUCAUCUGGAGUAUGGGCUGUACUGUGACCAUCCCAACACCUCACCCUCUGUCUCCAAGGAAAUGGGAGGUGGAGCCUCCUGGCUGAGAAAUUGUUUUGCAAAUGGAUCUAUUUUUAUAUGAGAUUUUUUUUUUUUUUUUUUAAAGAAAAUAUUCCUUCCCCCUUCCCCUUCCAUAAUGUAAGAGGCUCUGAUGGCAGGUUCCAGUGACCCUGGGAUUUCUCCCCACAGGCCUCAAUCCUGAGCAAGACCCUGGACCUCCACGUCAGCCCUAAAGCCUUCUGGGCCCUUGAGGCCCUCUCUCCCAUUAUCCAGUUUUGGGGCAGGAGGAAGCUCUUCUCUGGUAGAGCUGGACCAGGCCUGAGAAUAGUGGGAGCUCUGAGACCACAGAGUUUUUAUAAAUUUAAUAUAUUUAUCAAGCCAAAUGUGCAAAUGCUAACUGGGCAAGGAAGCACACGAGUGUGGCCACACGGCAUGCCCCGCUCCCUUCUGAACAGUGGGCAGGCCAAAACUGUUCAGUAGCCCCCGCUCCAGGAAGCUCAGACUCUUUGUCCUCCUUGUGCUUUUAGCUUCCCACCACAGGUAGGGGGAGAGAAUGACACGGUUAGGGCUUGACCCAGAAUGGGAGUUGGUGGAGCACAGGGGGACCUUAGGUGACCUAAGGGUUCCUGCAGGGGGCGCUUCAGGCCAGGAACUGGGGUGCUGGUUGCUACAGCUGCCUGUGUGUGAAGGGGCGACAGCAGCUCCUUUGAGCUCUUCCCUGGAAGGUGGGGGGAGGGGGGAGGCUGCCUCCCUGGGUCCCUUCCUCCUCCCUGCUGACAUCUGGGGCUUUGACCCUUUCUUUUUUAAUCUACUUUUGCUAGGAUGCAUUUAAUAAAAAAUUAAAAAAAAAAUGCAAACCUGUUUCCCUUGCCUCUUGGGCUUCUGGGAUGUCGUCACCUCCAGUGUAUUGGGUUUGUUUCCAACUGUUAAUAAAGCAUUGAAACAGUA